AGUUCAGUUUGAUAAGUUUUUUUUUCGCCAUACAAAAAACAGGGAAGAAGGAGAAAAUAGUUUUUUUGUCAGUCUCUGCAUAAAUUAAAACAUAUUUUUAUCAAAAUAACACCCAUCACCCUACAAAGUGUUAAAUUCUCGACAAUAAACAAAGAAAACGCAUCAACUGUGAAACAAAUAUCAAAAGAAAACCUAAAUUAUCCCACCAAUCUUAUUGAAAAAAGUCUAAUUUACUAAAAAGCUACAAGUGCCCGACGAUAGUCUCUUCAAAACCAGAUUGCAAAAUAUAUUUUAAUUUCUCUUGCUAAUUGGUCAACAACAAAAGAAGAAGAUAAACCAGAAGUAAAAAUGGUUAAAUUGUAUUCGAUAAGUGUUUUCUACAAAGGUCCAGCUGAGGGACGUCUCCUCAAAGCCGCCUACGACUUGCAGUCGUUUUCUUUUUUCCAAAGAGGUGCCGUACAGGAAUUCAUGGGAUUCGCAUCUAAGACCAUUGUGGAACGGACUCAGCCUGCCACGCGACAAUCGGUCAAGCAGGAUGCCUAUAUGUGUCAUGUGUAUGUGCGGGCAGACAACUUGGGUGGAGUUCUAAUUGCCGACCAUGAGUACCCUCAACGAGUGGCGCAUACCCUCAUUACAAAGGUCCUCGACGAAUUCGCUGCACGCAUCCCGGCCGAACAAUACCAGUCGGGUGCCGCAGACACUCACUUCGAUUUCCCAACAUUGCCCCAGUAUCUGGCCAAGUAUCAGGACCCCAAAGAAGCCGACGCCAUGACUAAAAUGCAAAACGAUCUCGACGAGACUAAGAUCAUUCUAAAGAACACCAUCGAAGCUGUUCUGGAACGUGGCGAAAAGCUCGACGAUAUGGUGAUCAAGUCGGAGAAUCUCUCAUACCAAAGUAAAGCCUUCUAUAAGACAGCCAAGAAAACGAAUGCAUGUUGCAGUUUUAGCUAAGCGACAACAAGCAGACAACGCUCAUUCACUCUUCAUAUGUGUCACAUAUUGUUUUUGGCCAAUCUAUCAAUGAUAUUACUGUUAUUUGAUCCAUAUGCAUUCCUUAGGGGCUUCGCAAUUCGUAAUUCGCAGCUUUGACGUUAAGCCAGGGUCUUAUAAUACAACAUACAUAUGUAUAUCCAUAGCUUCUUUAUAAAUAAUCAAAUUAUUUGUGUACCUAUUGAAUAUUCUAACAAUAACUAUAUACUGUCAGUUGAUUUAGUAAAUAAGUUUAUGUUGAAAAUAGUA